GUUAGCUACUCUCUGUAGUAAUCACAUUGCUUAAAAAGCUUGUAGUUGUGUUUGUGAUCACUAAGUAUGCGGCAUUAAUUUUCCAAUCAAAUCUCAAGAUACAAUGUCAACUUACUCAAUUCUCUUCGGUCUUCUUCUGUUGAUCUCUCUGAGCAUUUCAGAUGGGGCACAAUUGAUUAUAGUGAACAACUGCAAUGAGAAUAUAUGGCCUGGUGUGCUAGGCAGUGCUGGGCAGAGCACCCCAAAAGAUGGAGGCUUCCACUUAGGAAGUGGUGAGGAAGUAGUACUUGAUGUCCCAGAGAAGUGGUCUGGCAGGAUAUGGGGUAGGCAGGGUUGCAACUUUGACGACAAUGGGAAAGGAUCAUGCAUCACUGGUGACUGUGCAAACCAACUGCAUUGCCGAGGCAGCGGUGGGGAGCCGCCUGCCACGGUGGUGGAAAUGACACUUGGUUCUUCAACUUCACCACUUCAUUUCUACGAUGUUAGCCUUGUGGAUGGCUUUAACUUGCCUGUUUCGAUGAAACCGGUGGGGGGUGGGGUCGGAUGUGGCGUGGCGUCUUGUGAAGUUGAUUUGAAUGUUUGUUGCCCUUCUGCAUUGGAAGUGAGGAGUGGUGGAAGGGUUGUGGGGUGUAAGAGUGCUUGCUUGGCUAUGCAAUCAGCUAAAUAUUGUUGUACUGGCAACUAUGCCAACCCAAACACUUGCAAACCAACACUCUUUGCUCAUCUGUUUAAGGCUAUUUGUCCUAAGGCUUAUAGUUAUGCAUUUGAUGACUCUACUAGCCUUAAUAAAUGUAGAGCUACUCGUUAUGUCAUCACCUUCUGCCCUCCACAGUAAUCAAGAAAGUGACCAUGUGGAACUUAGGAAGUCAAAUCUCUUUGAAGGUCUUCAUAUAAAUAUAUAUAUAUAAGAACUUUUUUUAAUAAUUAAAUUUUGGGUUUUGUUGUAUUGAUUAAAUAGUAGAAUAUAAUCGGUUAUAUGGUCUAUUAGAAGAUUAUGAAGCAUUGUGCCAAAGAUGGACAAAGUAGUCUUCUGGGAUAUGCAAUGUCAAUGUAAUCAACUUGUUGUAGUGUAAUAGAAUUUGAGUUUAUGUUUUUUAAAAACA